AUGAACUUCGUAAUACAUCUAGUUAUAUUCAGUGUAUUCGUGAAUAUUUGUGAAUGUAAAAUUACGCCGACAGUCAACAAUAUCGAUAUUAAGAAGUCGUUAGAAGAACAUCAGGAUUUUCUUCUGGUCAAUAAAAGCAAAAUUAGGCACACUCCCUUAACAGUUGCCAAUGUAACUAAAAUAACAGUGAAAAGCGCAACAAUAAAAAAGCCUCCAGUGAAACCCAGGUUGAUAACACGCGAACAAAUAAAAGAAUGGGCUAAAGAAAUUAGCGAGAGAUUAUUUGAAAUAGAAGGAAAAGUCGUUAGAAGGGAUGUCCUGGCCAAUAGUUUUUCUGAUAUUACCAUAGAGGUUAGGAAUGGGUCUGCAAUCGUGGACAAAGCCAGCGAGGCCUUGGAAGAUGUCUUCGAAAGACGCGGGAAUGCAGCGGAAGCUAUAAUGCGCCGAGCAGAGGAAAUCUCUUCCUAUGUACUAAAAAAUAAAUUUCAAGCUCCAAGUAAUUACACUUUUGACGACAGUAUUGAUCUAAAUGUCUUAAAGAAAUAUGAGCCGCCUGAGAGUGAGUGGGAACUGCCGUCCUCGUGUAAGAGUUUGAAUAAAUUAAGAUUACAAAAGAAUUUACAUUUUAAUGCCCAAAUAUCACUCGAGGCGACCAGUGUUCACGUAGCACCAGAAGUAUUCGUUUGCAAUCCUAAAAUAGUUAACCAUAUGUAUUGGUCUGAGGCUCUGCUGUCAACGUUUCGCGAAAAUUACGCUCAAGACGCUACGCUUGAUUUUCAGUACUUCUGCAGCGCUUCGGGGUUUUUAAGACAUUACCCUGCUGCGUUGUGGGAUAGCUUGUAUAAUCUGAAUGUUGGUGCAGAUGACGUGUUCGAUUGCCGGCUUAGGCCAUGGUAUGUAAGUGCUAGUGGCGCUCCUCGAGACAUUCUUAUAUUACUAGAUGCAUCAGGGUCCAUGUACAAUUCGUCUAAUUUAGUGACAGCUGAACACUUGACUGGAACUCUUUUAAAUGCUCUCACAGACGACGACCAAGUUAAUGUCCUGCGAUUUAACGUAAAAGUGCAAUCUCCCAUAAGCUGCUUUAACGACAAGCUGGUGUCAGCCAACAAUGUAAACUCAGCUGCGAUGAUGUCAGCUCUUAGACGUCAAAAGUUGAAGAACGAAUCGUUGAUUGGCGAUGUACUAGCAUACUCUGUAAAUCUAUUGAAAAAACAGCAUAAUUUAGAUAAACCGUUAUCUUGUCAGCAAGCAAUAGUUCUAAUUACGGACAGUUUGUACAUAAAUUAUACUGAUUUAAUGAGACAACUAGAUCCCGAAGGAAAGAUAAGACUUUUUAUCAUGUGGCUUCACGACCAGUAUGGUUUGCGAGAUAACACUAGAAAUCUUGGCAGUUCGAUGAGUUGCGAUCGUGAUGGGUAUUUUGCAGAAUUGAUUACUGAUUCUGAUGUUACGGAGCAAGUGAUGAGAAUACUUCGUGUACUCGAGCGGCCUUUGGUUGCCCAAAGAAAAAAGCGGCUCAGAGUAUAUAGCGAUCUCUAUGCACACAUGGAAGAUCCGAGACGAGGUGAAUUCUAUUGGCAAAUGAAAGAAAAUUCAGAACAAGAAUACAGAUAUAAACAACUAAGAAAGAAUAGAGAUAAAUUUCUAAAAAGCACUAGAAAGGAUCUCGACCGUAUGGCAAACUUGGAGCAGUAUGGCCAAUACUACGAAGAAGAGGUAAUAAAUUAUCGUCUUCAAAUCAGCGUGGCGGUGCCAGUAUUCGAAUCAACCACAGUAGAAAACAUAACUAUAAAAUUGGAUGAAGAAAAACAGAGAGAUUCCACAAAAACAUUCCCAGUCAAUCGACUAUUGGGCGUGGCUGGUGUUGACAUACCUAUAGACCAUUUAAAACUUGUUAUGCCCUAUUACCUUACUGGAGCAGGUGGGUCUCUGUUUCUUAUAGACCACCGUGGCAAUGUAGUACUGCACAACAAUAGUAAACCUGUUUUUGACGGGGAUGUUUUGAGGCCGGGUUACAGAACUGUCGAUUUUUUGGACCUCGAACAGCCAGCUUUGGAUCAUUAUGCUCGCGACUAUCCAAUCGAGUGGCUCGAUUUUAGAAAAGCGGUAGUAAUUGUUGAAGCUAAAGGUUCGAGAACAAUGUAUGCCAAGAGUAUUUACGAAGGUGGAUUAAGAGUAAUGUUAGAAAUGAGAGAAUAUCACUGGAAAAGAAUUCACAAUCAUUAUACACUUGUGUUAUCCCUACCAAAAUAUAACCACAUACACGUUGUACCCACAGCGCAUUUCUCUCAAAAAACAGCAGAGGAUGCUUUAAAAGCAUUAUCCGGAACAGAUUUUGCCAUACACCCUGAUUGGUUGUAUUGUAGACAUGUAGAUCCGCAUUUUGACUCCCGCGAAUUAGAGUUACUGCAUUUUCUACGGAGACGUCGAGACGAACCCAAUUUUUCAAUGCGAAAAUUGAAGCACUUAUUCACGCCAGUACCAUUAACUUUACUUGAAAAGCCUUACCAAUGUAAUGGGGAAUUAAUGGGAAGGAUAUGUAAAGAGGCAAUCGCAACUAUGCAGUGGUCGCUCGAACACGAAGAUCCAGAUACUGACCGAGACUGCUCUGCUUGCCUACUUGGAUCAAAUACGGCCUUCUUUGCUACAGAAAAUGGUUUAACCCGUUGGCAAUUGUAUCAUGCGACCAGCGCUCACGCCGACCCCCCGGAAGGUUCGGUGUGGCCAAUGGGCCCAUCAGAGGCUUGGUAUCGCCGUGCCACUGCGCAACCAGAUACUCUUAUCAUUCACGCACCAAUACCACCAGUUCGUUUCCUUAGAAAUACUGAACCAGUAGUCCCACCAUUAGGUCAAAGAUGGCAAUGGCUAACUGCAGCCAGAACACUAAGCCAUCCGAAAAAACAUGGUGUCAUCGGCGUUGCAGGGUAUCAUUUCUAUCCUAAGCAUUUAGAUGACUUACUCGAAUCCAUCACAAAUUACCACUGCGCUCUAGAGGACGAAUCGAAAUGUGAACCGCGCUGUGACGGAAAGAACUGGACGUGCGUUUUAAUCGAUGAUGCUGGGUGGAUUAUCGCCGAUCAAGAUAACGACGACGUUAUGAAUAAACAUCUCGCUAAUGAACAUCCUAUAGCAAUGAAGGCUCUAUUAAAUGCUAGUAUUUUUAAAGUACGAUGGGUCCAUGAUUAUCAGGGCGUAUGUUUUGCACCUGUAGAUGAAGAUAAUAGUGCUGCUCCAAGACUCUCUUCAAUUAUCCUAUCGCUCUGGAAUUAUAUGAUAACUAUUAUUAAUGUUUCUCGUGACUUAUGGACGUUUUAUUUUAUAACAUCCAAUAGUUUUGUCAAAUGUGAUACAGAGUUCGAGAAAGAGAAACGACGAAGGCGUUUACGCCGCGACUAUGAACGAGAGAAGUACGAAAGACUACACGACGAUCGAGUAUUACUUAACAGAACUAGAUUUGCCGCGUGCGACAGGACUAGACCACUAUACGAACUUCAGAGGAAUAAAAAAGCUAUGGAGGCUUUGAAUCGUCCAGCAAAGCCCUGUACGUGGCCGUUAGUAGGUACUGAGGUUCCGCAGACAAAUCUUAUUCUUAUAGCUGUGUAUAAGCACUGUCCGUACAAUGGAGCGCCGUUAAACAAUUCCCUUAUCAAUGGGCUUGUUGAAAUGAAGGAUGAUAAUUUCUUUUCUGAUCAGGCAAGUCGUCUGGCUUGUUGGCGGAAUCGUAUUCCUCUGCCUGGCCGACCUCCUAACACGACGUGUUAUCCUCAUAAUUAUGCUGCUGAGGAAGGGUAUAGACAGUGCGGACCGUGGCUCCCCGAUCCGGAACCAGAAGAAACAGAUAGUGGAAGUGUCAUAGGAUUCACAAAAAUCCUUUUCAUCUCAAUAUUUGUGCAUGUAAUUGCCAGAACGAACUUUUAA